AUGCUUCAGCUCUCUUUGGCAGCUGAUUGGAAAUGUCAAAAAAAAGCAACGCCGAAAUUGGUGCCUAAAAAUCGGACCCAAAAUGCCGACGUGGAUCUGUCUCAUCCGCGCGAGAAGAAGACGACCAAGCAGGCCAAGCAAGUCCGCACGGACGCGCUGCAGGAAGACAGCGUGGAAGGUGCCGGCGAGCAGCAGCAACUCCUUCCCACUCGGCAACCAUCCUCCACCCUUGCAUCUCUCGGACAAGCAGCAAUCGUCGAGAUGAGAGUCGCAUCACGCCCAAGCAUGGCGAGUGUGGCCAAGCUGGGCCUCCUGGCGCUCUUGUGCAUGCUCGCCUGGAUCCAGCUUCCCACCGCCCUGGCGCAGCGCUUCGCCAACAAGGACCAGACGAGCCUCUACAACCGCAUCCAGUCGUCCAGCCAGGGCUUUGUCGACGUCGAUGCCAAGGAGUUCGCCUCGAUCGUCGGCCUUCCGCGCGACUUUGCCGUGUCGGCGCUGCUCACCACCACCAACGGCGGCAUCAAGUGUCCGCCAUGCGUGGCGUUCCAGCCCGAGUUUGAAAAGGUGGCGCAGCAGUGGAACCGCGACCGGGCGGUCAAGUCGAAGCACGUCUUUGUCAAGGUCGAGUUCUCGAGGGCGCAGCAGGUGUUUGCGCAGUUCCAGCUCCAGCAUGCGCCUGUGCUCUACACGUUCCCCGCGCCCACCAACACCAACGCCGUGCCGGACCACGUGUCGUUUGACUUCAACGAGCGCGGCUUUGCGGCCAAGGACGUGGCGGAUCACAUCAACUCGCUCAUGAACACCAAGUUCAAGUUCAAGCAGCCCGUCAACACCAAGCUCGUCACGGCGUCCAUCACGGGCGUCAUUACGCUGGUGGGAGCGAUCUUCUUCCUGGCGCCGUACGUGCCGGUGCUGUUCAAGUCGUCCAAGCCCAUCUGGAUGCUGCUCUGCCUGGGCUCCAUGAUCCUCUUUACGUCCGGUCACAUGUGGAACUCGAUCCGCGGCGCACCCUACGUCGCCAUGGGCCAGGGAGGCAAGCCCGAGUACUUUGCCGCCGGCUUUCAGUCGCAGUACGGCGUCGAGACGCAGAUCGUGGCAGCCAUCUAUGCGCUGCUCGCAUUCAGCUUUAUUGCGCUCACCGUGCUCGUGCCUGCCCAGAGGGAUCCCACAAGGCAGCGCGCAGGCGUCUAUGUGUGGAGCGCCAUCUUCCUCGCCACCUUCAGCCUGCUCUUCUACAUCUUCCGCACCAAAAACCCCAGCUACCCCUUCCGCCUCUUCUUUUAA